AAUCCAUCCAUGGACACGGGCGUCGCCGACACUAUUACCGACUGCAACUACGCAUCUUCGUGCUGGGAGUCCUCCAUCUUCAAGAUGAACACUGUGUGCGCCGAGUACCCGCCUCUGUACCCGCGCCUCCAGCUCAGCGCCAAUAUGCCGCCGCAGAUGAUCGCCGACAUCAUCAUGGACUUGAAGCAGCAGCGGCGAGCCGUGGACGAGAAGCGCGCCAGCGUGCUAGGCACUCUCAACAUGACCGACGACGAAGACAAUGAGGUUGUCCAUGCGGACGAGACCAGUGGGCACCUUCUCAAGAAGCGCAAGGCCGAGACCGAGAUCGGCCGACCGGUCGCCGAGUUUGCUCGCCUCUUUGUCGGCAACGUGGUGCCAAAUCCGAUGUGCUCCUAGUCGCCAAAGUCUCCUCCUCUUAUUUAAGCUCACUAAAGCACAUUCGCUCAUUCGCCU